AUGGAAGUUGUUGUGGCUAUUGCAUCAAAGGUUGGAGAAUACUUGGUGAAGCCGACAGUAAACCAAGUCCGUUAUCUAUUUUGUUUCAACACAAUUGUUGAAGAACUUAAAGAACAAGAAAUCAAUUUGAAAUUGGCAAGACAAAACGUGAAUAAAGAUGUUGAAAUAGCCAAAAAUAAUACUGAUGAAAUCAAGGGAGAUGUAGAAAAGUGGCUAACUGAUGCCAACAAGAUCCUGGCUGAUGUUGAGGGAUUGAAAGAAGAGACAGGAGCGAAAAAGACUUGCCUUAAUGGAUGGUGUCCUAAUUGGGGUUGGCGAUAUUGGUUAGGUAGGAAAGCAGCAAAGAAGACAACCAUUAUGUUGAAGCUAAAAGACAAUUGCCAAUUCAAUGGAGUGGGUUAUCCUACCACUCUACCAGGCAUCGAAUUUUUAAAGCCUAGUGAAUUUCAGACUUUCGGGUCUUCAAAAUCUGCUAUUGAUGAUAUUAUUGGGGCACUGAAAAAUGAUGAGAUCGAUAUGGUUGGAUUGUAUGGGAUGGGCGGGGCGGGUAAGACAACCUUGGCAAAAGAAGUAGGUAAUAGAGUGAAGGAGAUCUUUAAUGAGGUUGUGAUGGUUACCAUAUCUCAGACUCCAAACUUUAAAAAUAUUCAAGGUCAACUAGCAAGUUCGCUAGGGUUGAGAUUCACAGAGACAGACGAGAAGCAAGGUGUAGAAGGAAGAGCGCGGCGAUUAUGCUUGAGAUUCACAGAGACAGAGAAGAAGAUCCUUGUAAUCUUGGACGAUGUUUGGGGAAAAUUUGAGUUAAAAUCGAUAUUAGGAAUUCCAUUUGGUGAUGAUAACAAGAAUUGCAAAACUCUUCUAACUACUCGUCGACAGCAAGUUUGUAUCGAUAUGGAGUGUCAGGCACGAAUUCUACUAAAUGUUCUAAAUGAUGAUGAAGCUGUGGCUUCACUCAAAAGGCAUGCAGGCAUAGGUGAUGCCUCCAAUUUGAAUCCUCUGGCAAUUAAAAUUGCUAAGGAAUGUGAUGGCUUGCCUUUAGCACUUGUAGCCAUUGGGAGUGCUCUAAGAGAAAAGGAUUCUGACGAAUGGAAAGUUUUGCAUGACAAACUAAGACAUUCAAAACUUGAAGAUAUGAUUAGUGUUACAGGGGAGGACAACAUUGUUGCUGGAGAAAGAGGUAUUUAUGCCACUCUUAAGUUGAGCUAUGAUUAUUUGAAGGGUGAGCAAAUCCAGUUUUGUUUCUUGUUGUGUUCAUUGUUUCCUGAAGAUUAUAAAAUCUGUUUAGACGAAUUGGUUAGAAUUGGAAUAGGGUUGGACUUAUACCAAGAUGUUAACUCUAUCAAAGUGUUAAGGAAACAAUUUCAAGUUAUGGUUAAUAAUCUGAAGGCUUCGGGUUUGCUAAUUGAUGCUGGUGAAGAGGUCGUAAAAAUGCAUGACAUGGUUCGUGAUGUUGCCAUAUGGAUAUCAUCCAAGGGAAAACAUGUAUUCAUGAAUAAAGCUAGCUUGGGAUUGACAGAGAGGCCUAAGAAGAAAAUGCUUGAACAAUGCACAGCAAUUUCCUUGAUGGACCAUGGUAGUGACAUAAAUUUGCUUCCUCAAGGCUUGGUCUGUCCUAGGCUUGAAAUUUUACUACUGAAUUUUGGAAUAAAUCCAGGUGAAUUUUUUAAAGACAUGAAGGCACUUCAAGUUGUAACUAUAAUGAAUGUGGAUCCAGUGUCAUUUAAAUCACUUGAAUUAUUGACGAAUCUUCAAAGUCUAAAACUGAAACACUGCCGAUUGCAAGACAUCUCUUUUCUCGGAAAGUUGACAACACUUAAAGUUCUGGAUUUGGAAGGUUCUUAUUUGGCUGAAGAAUGGCCCAAAGAAUUGGGGGAUCAACUAAGUGAAUUGAGAGUACUGGACGUGCGUCUGUCUGAUGAACUGAGGAUUCCACGAGAUGGGUUACGAAGAUUUUCUCAACUAGAAGAAUUAUACACUGACGAAGUUUUCCUUUGGGACUCAGAUGAGAUUACUAGUGUAGAGGAAAGUUAUGCCACCCUCUGUGAGUUAAAUUCACUUUCAUGCUUGGUCUCACUGUCACUACGUAUUCAUCAUUCCUUCGUUUCAAACGGAUUUGCUUUCCCAAAACUGCAAAGGUUCAUGAUAGAGGUUUCAGAAGGUUAUUAUGCUGUUGAUUCAGCUGGAUAUAAAGGGAGCUUAAAUAUAGGUGGUAUCGAAGCGGCCUCACUGAUUGCAUUUGAAGAAUUGUUUCAGAAUCUACAAUCUCUUUCUUUAUUUGAAAUAAAAGGUUUGCAAAAUUGUUUCCCAAGCGUUGAUCAAACGUGCUUCAGUGAGUUGAUUUGUCUUGAAUCUGGAUUUUGUGAGGAGUUGAAAUGCAUCAUAGAUACGUCGCAACGGCAGGCACCAGCCGCUGCAUUCUCAAAUCUGAAGACAUUGAUUUUAUCUAAUAUGAGCCAUAUAGAAGAGAUAUACAAAGGUGCAGAGCCUCCAAGUACGUUUCUUGAAAAAUUGGAAACUGUGAAAAUUUCAGGAUGCCACAGUAUGUGUAACGUAUAUCCACCAAUGUUGCUUCAGAGACUCCGUCAAUUGAAAACGGCUGAGAUCUUUUUCUGCAAUAAACUAUCUGAAGUAUUCAAACUUGAAGGCUUAUGCCAGACUGAGGGAGAAAAUAGUGCAGUGCUUUCAAGUUUAGAAUCAUUACAGCUGAGGGGAUUACCAGAAUUGAGGUUUAUAUGGAAGGGACCCAUCCGACUUGUAAGCUUCAAAAAUCUUGCACAUGUAAAAGUGGAUGGCUGCAGUUACUUGAAAAAUCUCUUCGCAUUGUCAAUUGUGCGACGUCUGGUGCAGUUGGAAGAACUCAUAAUAAGUGAUUGUGAUAGGCUGGAACAUGUUGUCUCAGAUUAUAACCAGGGCGACGAAAUUGCGGAGAUAGAAAAUGGAAAAAAUAUCGUGCUCCCUAAGCUAAUAAAGUUACGACUUCAAAAUCUCCCAAAACUCAUCAGCUUCUGUUCUGAAAAUUAUUAUCCAACUUGUCCAAUGUUGCAACUGUUAGAAGUUGAUUUUUGCCCCAGUUGGACUACGCCUAUUAUUGUUGAAGCUAAUAUGCAGAAUCCGCCAGAGUUUCGGCAUUUGCAAGAUUGCAAUGAUGAUGUAAUUCCAGGCACGUUGUUUCAUUUCUCACAAAAUUUGGAAGACCUAAAACUUAUAGGUUGUGCUGUACAAGUGGUAUUCCAGCUUGAAGGUGUUGUUGCUGAGGGACGACAACACAAAUUAUCGUUCCCAAGUUUGAAGAAUUUGCAAUUGAAGUUUUUAGAGAAGCUAGAAGGCUUAUGUAUGGGUCUCAGUCUCACGAGCCUUCGAAACCUUACCAAUCUAGAAGUGGAUUCAUGCAGUAGGCUUAGAUAUAUCUUCUCUGCUACUCUUGCUCGAAAUAUGAUGCAACUUAAAUAUCUACAUGUCAGCGAGUGUGCUGAAUUGGAGCAAAUCAUUGCUGUGGAGGAGGAAGAGGACCAAGCCUUCUUGAACAAUAAUCUCCAAUCCGAAACCUUUCAGAAUCUUUUAAAAGUUAGGAUAAAAAGUUGUAGCAAAUUAAAAUGUCUGUUUCCAACCACCAUAGCCCGAGGUCUUCAACAACUGGAAGAAUUAUAUGUAGAAGACAGCGUCCAAUUAGAAGAAGUAUUUGGACAUAAAGAUGUAGCUGCCAUCAUGGAAGAUGAAGAAAUUGUGCUGCCUCAACUAAACUACUUGACACUCAAAGCAUUACCAAGCCUCACUAACUUCUUCUGUCACUUCAUAUUUCCCUCUUUGCGAAAAUUGGAAGUUGAAGAUUGUGGUGCGACAGUUUCAAUAUUUUCCUUAACCAGAGGUGAACGUGUGCAUGCUGAUAAAAAGAAGUUACGAGUUUUACGCAUUGACGACUGCAACAACUUGUGUGGUGGAAUUUCUCUGUUCAGUUGCGGCUUCAAUAAUUUGGAAUAUUUGAGUAUUUGGAAUUGCGGAGUAAAAGUGGUAUUUCAGCUAGGAGAUCUUGCAGUUGAUGGACAAUCACAUCAGUUAUCAUUCCCAAGUUUGAAAAACUUGGAGUUGCGCGGUCUAAAAGAAUUAGAAGGUUUAUGUAACGGUUCCAAGCAUGUUUUAAGCCUGCAAAAUCUUACCACUUUAAAUAUAAGCUACUGUCCUAGGCUGACACAUAUCUUUUCAAUUACUUUUGCUCGAAAUAUGAUGCAAUUGGAAACUCUGUCAGUUGAAGGUUGUAUGGAAUUGCAGCAAAUCGUGGUUGAAGAUGAUGAUGGUGAUCAUCUCCAAUCUCUCUUUCCAAAUCUCUCAAAAAUUGAUGUCAAAUGGUGCGACAAAUUAAAGUGUGUCCUUCCUAUCACCAUGGCCAGAGGUCUUCAACAAUUGAAAGUGGUAACUGUGGUAUCGGCGAAUCAACUGGAAGAAGUAUUUGGACAUACUGAUAGAGUUGAUGUCAUGACUGACCAAGAAAUCCAGCUACCCCAACUUGAUGAGUUGUUAUUUCUAGCAUUACCAAAUCUUGCUAACUUCUGCCCCGUCGGAUAUCACUUCAUAUUUCCAUCUUUGAAUACAUUGGUCGUUAAAAGAUGUCCCAAGAUGAAUACAACCUUUUCCUUCAAUAAACGAAAUAACUUUGUGCGCACGGAAGCAAAGGUACUUUGUUGA